GUUCUAAUGAAAACAAUUUGUAUUAGUUGUAUUGGAUUUGCAAAUAGCUAGGCGCGACCUCUAGCUACAUUUAUAGUUGAAAUUGGCUGUUUGAUUGUGGAAUUAGAUCUAAAUAUUAUAGAGAAAAUCAAAUUAUAGUCGACAUUUUAACUAUUUAAUUAAUGAUGAUCACUCCUUUCGUGAGCUCUUUGGACAUUGGCUUCUGGUACCAGUUAGCCGACAGGAAACUGAACGAGUGGAAGCUAGAAACUUCGCCUAAGCCCAUCCAGGGAUAUUUCAACAGUUCUCUUAAACCAGGUCUACCAUGUCUGUUCAAUAUUGGAGACCAGGCAUUUAAUGAGAAAGUGCAACUGCCCGCAUUCUCGCACAUAUCUCGAGGCCAACUACUCCUCGCCAACACCAAGGAAGACUUCAGCAAGUUCGACAAGAAGGCCAUUUUGAGCUCAUCUAUAGACGCAGUCAUUGACAGUAUUCAGCGUGGAACUUGUUUCGAAGACUCUUCAUUAUUACUCCCAUUCACUCUUCUCUGUUUUGCUGAUCUGAAAAAGCACACUUUUGUAUACUGGGUCUGUUUUCCCUCAAUACACCUGUCAAAUGAGCUGUGCUCCCAGAUUGAGUUGGAUCCUAUAUCCGCUGAUAAUGUUUGCUUACUGGAGUCAGCAAAUGGUGUGAACUUAACUGAAACCUUAUUUGCCGUUGAUAGUGUGAACAAGAGUAGGAUCAGUUGGGAAGAGGCGCGUGAGAGGGAAAGUGUGACUGCAGUUACAUUCGUCUGCUCCGACCCCUCAACAGACUCUAACUCCAUAGGAUGGUUUUGCAGAAAUGUCAUCAACGCACUUUUGUUUCAUUUUGCCAAAAAGGCCGACAAAAUUAAUCUUGUAUGUCUGCGCAUCCAAGCUGAAAAUGCCGACAUUUCAGUGAGAAGCUCUGUGCAACUUAACAUUCCCACGCAGCCUGGAAGUGUCGAUUUCUCGGUCAGAGAUCUCCUUUCGAGUAGUGGGUGGGAAAAAAACAAGGAAAAAUUGUUACCCAAAAUGGCUGACUUGAGCAAACUCAUGGACCCAAAAAUUUUAUCUAAGAACGCUGUGGAACUAAAUCUCAAACUAAUGAAGUGGCGAAUUGUACCCGAGUUGGACUUAGAAAAAAUUGCCCAACAGAAAUGCCUCUUACUUGGUGCUGGUACUCUUGGCUGCAACGUGGCACGCCUACUCUUAGCUUGGGGUGUGACCAAACUCACUCUGGUGGACAACGGGAGAGUGUCCUAUUCGAACCCUGUGCGACAGAGUCUGUUUGUGUUUGAAGAUGCCAUGGGGGGAUCGACUUCGAAAGUGGAGGCGGCUGCCAGACAGCUCAAGCGUAUCAACCCGAGUUGUGAGGUGGAAGCUUUGGAAAUGAGCAUUCCCAUGCCAGGCCAUGCUGUGGCCCAAAUAGAGAAGCAAAAGGUGCAACAUACUUUGACUCAAUUGGAUGAAUUGGUGGCUGGACACGACUGUAUCUUCCUUCUCCUGGACAGUAGGGAAGCAAGAUGGUUGCCCACAGUACUGGGCAAGUUCCAUGGCAAACUAGUCGUCAAUGCUGCCCUAGGAUUCGAUUCGUACUUGGUGAUGAGACAUGGAGUGUCAAUGGACGAUGCGAACAGUUGUGCGAAUGGUGAUUCCACGGUUCCAUCUUCCUCUUCGUCUGCUAUAGUGAAGAGCAGUGAACUGGGUUGCUAUUUCUGCAGUGACGUGAUGGCCCCUGGAGACUCUCUGUCUGACAGGACCCUGGAUCAACAGUGCACUGUGACCAGACCAGGCACCUCCAUGAUUGCCAGCAGCCUCGCAGUUGAGAUGUUCGCCUCAUGUGUCUCGAAUCAGUUAGGUGCCAAGUGUCCUGCAAGUUUGUCUGAAUCAGAUGAAGGGGCGUGUGAUCUUCCACUAGGUCCAGUGCCCCACCAAAUAAGAGGGUGGCUGUCACAGCAGUAUAAGCAGAUCACACCAUAUGUAGAAGCCUAUUCUAAGUGUGUGGCUUGUAGUCCAUCUGUGUUGUCUGCGUACAAAGAUAGAGACCAACAAUUCUUGUUUGAAGUGUUCAAUGAACCCUCUUUCUUGGAAGAUAUCACUGGACUGGCUCAGCUCAAAAUUGACAUCGAGGAGGGUUUCGGAGAUGACAUUAUAGCUCUAAGUGACGACGAAGAACAAGACGAAUAAAAAAUUUAUGUACUAAAUUAUAUUUAACUAGAAAAUCGUGUUAUUGCCUUAUAUCGUGUCAUAUAUAUAUAUAUGAAUAGAACUCGAUAAUUCAAAAGCUACUUUAGUACAUUUUUUCCUUUGUUUUUGCAAAUUCAGACAAAUAUUUGUAA